UUGAAAUGUGGUUCGUAUUUUCAUGUUGCAAUAAUUUCAGGCUUCAUAGACACCAGUGGAGACCAGUCACUAGUAUACAGGAUCGGAUUCCAACCUCCGCUGUAUUCAUAUGUUAUAACGAGAAAGAAAUAUGAACAAGAAAUAAAGUAUAGUUCAGAAUGUUGUACGAAGCCUGGCCAGUGGCUGAUGUCAUCUUCGUCGUCACUCAUCCCUGAUGUUUCCCGCAUCUUUGUGGCCCAUUCUAGUCUCGGUGAUCCUAAAUGGUCCAAUGCAUUGUUUGUCAGACCAAGGAGUGUAAGCCAGGAAAGCUCAGUCUUGAAUCGUGACUACCAAACGGAAACGGCCUACGACAACUCUAUGGCAUUGCAAAUAGCUGCAGCACCAAGACUGCCGUUAAGUGUUGUUGAGUGCGCCGCAUGGAAGCAGCAGAUUGCUGAAGUUUCUUCCACAUCAAAUAGAGAGAAAUUCAUUUCAGCGAUAGAAAAGUAG